AUGGCUCCUCCAACAGCUCAUAUUAGCGCUCCGAACGGCCGCAAGUUUGAUCUUCCCACUGGUAUUUUCAUCAACAAUGAGUGGGUCGAGUCAUCCAACGGCCAGAAGCUCAGCAGCAUCAAUCCUGCAACUGAGGAAGAGAUUGUUUCUGUCUUUUCCGCAACAGCCAAAGAUGUAGACACGGCUGUAGCAGCAGCGCGAACAGCUUUUGAGACAUCUUGGCGAGAAACCCCAGGUACCACCCGCGGUAGGCUCUUGAUGAAGCUCGCAGAUCUCGUUGAGGCUGAGCUAGAAACUCUGGCCACAAUCGAGGCAUUGGACAAUGGAAAGCCAUACACGCAGGCACUCGGCGACAUCCAGGAAGUUUGCGAUGUUCUGAGGUACUAUGGUGGAUGGGCUGAUAAGACCUACGGCCAAACGGUUGAGACCACACGCAACAAGUUCACAUACACAAUCCGGGAACCAAUUGGAGUUUGUGGGCAGAUUAUUCCCUGGAACUACCCACUGGUCAUGGCCGCAUGGAAACUGGGACCGUGUCUUGCUUGCGGCAAUACCUCUGUCUUGAAACCGGCCGAACAGACACCUCUUUCUGUGCUAUACUUUGCGAACCUCAUCCCGAAAGCUGGUUUCCCUCCAGGAGUUGUGAAUAUUCUCAACGGUGUUGGUAAUGAAGUUGGUUCUGCAAUCGUUACGCAUUCUGGCGUUAACAAGGUUGCAUUUACUGGCAGCACCGUGACAGGCAAGGCCAUUAUGCGAUCUGCAGCAGAUACCAUGAAAGAAAUUACCCUCGAGACUGGAGGAAAGUCCCCGCUGAUAGUUUUUGAGGAUGCCAACUUGAAGAACGCUGUCAAGUGGGCUCACUAUGGCAUUAUGGGGAAUAUGGGCCAGAUUUGCACCUCCACGUCCCGAGUAUUCAUCCAUGAGAACAUAUACGACGAAUUCAUCAAGCUAUUCCUUGCGUACACCAAGAAGAUCUCUAUUGUAGGCGAUCCGUUCGAUGAGAAGACCUGGCAUGGACCUCAAGUUUCCAAGGCGCAGUACACCAAGAUUCUCGACUAUGCAGGCAAGACCUCCCAAGACCGCCCGGGAGACAAAGGUUACUACGUUGAGCCCACUGUGGUCGGCAACGUUACUCCAGAUAUGAAGGUUUAUCGCGAAGAAAUCUUCGGACCUUUGCUAGCCGUGUGCAAAUUCUCUUCGGAAGAUGAUGUUGUCAAAUCCGCAAACGCAUCCGAGUACGGGCUCGCCGCGACACUUUUCACAAGCGACGUUACAAGGGCCAUGCGUGUCAGUCAACGCCUACAGGCUGGAAACGUCUGGAUUAACUCGAAUAACAAUUCGGAUUAUCGAAUGCCCUUCGGAGGCCUGAAGCAGUCGGGCAUUGGCUGUGAACUCGGACAGGCCGGGUUAGAAGCGUACUCUACCAUCAAAGCUGUGCAUCUGAACCUUGUCAUGGCCGAACCGGAUAUAUAG